AUGGCUCCCCACAGGCCUGUGGCUGACGAGAGAGCCAGAAGAGCGAAGAAGGUGGCUACCACCUCUACGACCACGAAGAGAGCCGACAAAGUUGUCAAGCGGCCCGCACGCGGAUAUCACAAGUUCCGCAAUGGAAUGCUCAACGUAACGCCCAAAGGAGGUGAGAAGGAGCUGGUUAAGAACAACCAAAUGUCGCCGCUGCUAAGUCUUCCACCUGAGAUCCGAAACAACAUCUGGAAGCAGGUGCUUGGCGGGAAGGUAUUCAGAGCAGGCCACAUAGGCGCACACGGGCGGUCCAAACUUUCAGUAUCGCCAACUGAGCCGGCUAAUACUAUGGCCCUGCUACAAACCUGCCGUCAGAUUUACGCAGAGGCCGCUCAAAUGCCAUUACUGCUCAGCAUCUUCUCCUUCUCACGUAUGAGGCACGUAUCUUAUUAUCUCAAGAAGACGCUCAAGCCACAUCAACGCAAGCUCAUUACCUCGAUCCAGUUUGAGGUUGAAACUACCAAAGAACGAGACUUGCAGUAUGCAUCAGAGUUAGGUCUGUACAGAUCUCUUCCAAGCUUGCUUCCUAACCUUGAAAAAAUAUGCGUUUGUGUCUUCGCCGCUGCAACAUCUGAUGAUGAUGUGGUACAGGAGACUGAGCGCUUGGUGCGCCAGUAUUUCGCACAUUCUAUACAAGGCACGUCCGCAGAGUGGAACGUGGAACAAACGGAACAAAAAUGGGUAUCAUACAAUGCAUCAUGGGAGGGCACCGCCACAGACAGCGACGAGCCAGUAAAGCUAGUCGAGGAGGAGCAUGCGAUCAUUUGA